AUGACUAUAAGCAAACAAAAUCCAUUUUAUACUAAUAAUGAAGAUGAUAAUAUUUUAAGAAUAUUUAUUAUAAGACACGGACAAACAGAACAUAAUGUUUUAAAAAUUCUUCAAGGACAUAAAGAUAUUCCAAUCAAUAAUACAGGAUUUGAACAAGCUGAAAAACUAGGUGUUUAUUUAAAAGAACAAAAUAUUCAUUUCGAUAAAGUCUUUUCAAGUGAUUUAAUUAGAUGUCAAGAGACUUUACAAACUGUAUUAAAAUUUUCUAAUCAAACCAAGGUACCUGUAGAGUUAACAUCUGCAUUAAGGGAAAGACAUAUGGGUGUCAUUGAAGGUAUGCAUAUUGGUGAUGCUGAAAGAUAUGCCGAUAAACAUGGUAAAGGUUCCUUUAGAGAUUUUGGAGAAGGAUUCGAAGAAUUUACAAAAAGAUUAACUGAUGGUAUUCAUCAUGCCGUGGACGAAAGUAAUGAAGAGAAUUUAAAAAACAUAUCAUUAAUGAGCCAUGGUGGUGCUAUUAGAACUAUUUUAAAAUGGUUAGAUUAUAAUGGACAAGAUGCUCAAAAGAUUAUUGUAUUCAAUACAUCUGUUACGAUUGUUGAUUAUAUGAAGGACACAAAACAGUUUAUUGUUAAAAGUAUUGGUAACACUCAACAUCUAGGUGAUGGUGAAUUUGUUGUGAGUGACCUAAGGUUACGUUAA